AUGAUUGCAAGUUUAACAGAUGAUACUAUAAGUGUCGAAAAGUUGAAACAGCUUGUACAAAAUAAUGCAGUCAAAUGUGGUUUGGCAUUCAUAAAAUUACACUUAUCCGAGUUAUCCAUGAAUCUUAAAAAUUUGGAAGAAUCUAAUAGUGAACUACUGAAAAGCAUGGAUAUUUCUAGAAAAAUUGAAGAUAUUUUAAUAAAUAUUAAAAGCAAAUGUUAA